AUGGCUCAGAGAGGAGUUCAGAUGGAGAAAAUUUCUUGCUCCAUCUGUUUGGAUCUACUGAAGGAUCCAGCAACAAUUCCCUGUGGACACAGCUAUUGUAUGGACUGCAUUAAGGACCACUGGGAUGUAGAGGGUCGGAGGGGAAACUACAGCUGCCCACAGUGCAGGGAGACAUUUAGUGGAAGACCUGUCUUAAAGAAAAACACAAUCUUAGCAGACUUAGUUGAGGAUCUUAAAAACAUUGAACUCCAGGCUGCUGCAGCUGAUCACUGCUAUGCUGGACCUGAAGACGUAGCCUGUGAUGUCUGCACUGGGAGGAAGAUGAAAGCUGUUAAGUCCUGUCAGGUCUGUUUGGUUUCCUUCUGUGAGAAUCACCAACAAGCUCACUGUAAUGUCUUUGGACUGAAGAAGCAUGAUCUGGUGGACCAGCUCCAGGAGAGACGACAACAAAUCCAGCAGAGAAUCCAGGACCAGGAGAAAGAUGUGAAGAUGCUUCAACAGGAGGUGGAGGCCAUCAAUUUAUCUGCUGAUAAAGCAGUGAAGGACAGUGAGAAGAUCUUCACUGAUCUGAUCCGUCUCAUCCAGAAAAGAAGCUCUGAUGUGAAGCAGCAGAUCAGAUCCCAGCAGGAAACUGAUGUGCGUGAAGUCAAAGAGCUUCAGAAGAAGCUGGAGCAGGAGAUCACUGAGCUGAAGAGGAAAGAAGCUGAGCUGCACGAGCUCCAAAACACAGAGGAUCUCACCCAGUUUCUCCAGAACUACCCCUCACUGCCAGCACUCAGUGAGUCUACACACUCAUCCAGCAUCAAUAUUCGUCCUCCAAGAUACUUCGAGGAUGUGACAGCAGCUGUCUCAGAAUUCAGAGACUUACUAGAUGAUAUCCUGAGAGACACAGGGACAAACAUCUCACCAUCAGCCACUAGAGUGGAGGUUUUAGAGUCAGAACCAAACACCAGAAACGAAUUCUUAAAAUAUUUUCAAGAAAUCACUCUAGAUCCAAACACAGCAAACAAAAAUCUUUUAUUAUCUAAGGGGAACAGAAUGCUUAGAUUAACAGACCACCAACAGCCUUAUCCUGAUCAUCCAGACAGAUUCACUUUUCUGUUUCAGGUUCUAAGCAGAGAGAGUCUGACUGGACGUAGUUACUGGGAGGUGGAGUGGAGAGGAGAAGGAGUUUGUAUAGCAGUUUCUUACAGGAACAUUGGCAAAGUAGAAGGAUUUGGAUUUAAUGACAAAUCUUGGUCUUUAUAUUGUGACACAAGCAGUUAUACAUUUUGUCACAACAGAGUUAAAACUCCAGUACCAGGUCCAGUUUCCUCCAGAAUAGGAGUGUAUCUGGAUCACAGAGCAGGUAUUCUGUCUUUCUACAGCGUCUCUGAAACCAUGACUCUCCUCCAUAGAGUCCAGACCACAUUCACUCAGCCUCUAUAUGCUGGGGUUAGGCUUUAUGGCUCUAUAUACUCCCUUGAAUUCAUUAACUUGAAAUAGUCAGAAGUAAUCUAAAGUCCAAUUCUUUAAUUAUUUUGCUUAUUUUUGCUUUAGUUUCUAGUAUUCACCUUAACUAAUUACAAUGAUAUUUAUCACUUUGUAAGACCGAAUGUUUUUCUUGUUAAAAAUCAGUCUACAGAAGAGCUGCUGGGAGCUUUAAUCAUCCUGAUUAUCUGUAUCAACUCAAAACAUCAUUAUUUUAUUGCAAAAUGAGCGGAUUAUGGAUCAAACUAAUUGUAGAAAUCAAAUAGAAUCAAGUCGAGUCUUUAUUAGAUUGUAUUUUCCCUGUUGUCAUAGAUGGACUUAAAUGAUGUCUGUAGCUUUUUUGUAAUUUACACAAUAAAAACUGAAAUUUAAUGUUUGUGUGCCCUCAUAAUUCUAAUGUAACAGAACAGAAAAUUCAACAUUAAAAUGGUGGAUUUAAUGUCUCCCUCCUUGAAUCAUCUAAUGUUGUGGUGGUCUGCUUUCAAUGCUUCAAUGAUCCUUUGUAAACUAAAGAACAUAUGAGCUAUUUGUAAUUAUACAAACCUUAUAAAGUACAUUCUAUUUGCUGAUGAUACAGAAGUAUCUUCUGUACUGGAGAAAACCUUCAACAACUUUCAGAAGUGGUCAACACAGAAAUGGAAAAAUUACAGCAUUGGCUCAAAAACAAUAAAUUAUCAGUAAAUUUAGAUAAAACCAAAUUCAUGAUAUUCGGAAACAAUAAAAAACAGGAAAUAAACCAAUUAAAAUAUCAAUUGAAAGGGUUGAUUUAGAACAAGUACAUGAAAUAAAAUUCUUGGGUGUCAUAUUAGACGAUAAGUUUAGCUGGAAACCUCAGAUCAGCCUAGUAAAAUCUAAAAUAGCCAAAAGUGUUGCUGUUAUAAGAAGAAUUAGUUUCGUCCUGGAUUACAA